CUUCCAGAGGACACCAUAGAAACCUCAAACUCUGCAUUCUGAUCUUGGAACCUGAAGGUCUGCAGAUGUUCCAAGCUUGUCAUGGAAAUGGAGUUCUAAACAAAGGAGUCUUGGUCAUCGGAGGAGGAAAAAAAACAUUCAGCUUUGACCCAAUGGAGACCAAGAAGAAGACCUUAGGCUUCGGCUCCACCUAUGCCGAAUCUCCAGAGAAGAAGACCACCUGUGAUAGUCCCAAACUGUCCAAUAAACGGGAAAGUUGGCACCAUGCCCCUUUCCUUCCCUCCUCUUUGCAAAAGGAACUCCUGCAACGCAACCUGAAAGACGAGAAAGUGACGCUGCAGAACGAGAUCACGUUGUUCUGGGAGAAGUGCAAAGAGCUGAGGGCAGAGAUCAACGCUUUCCGGGAGGACAACAAGAUCAAGGCUUUGUUGGAAGCGAUCGUUGCCUUCAAAAAGAAGAACCGCUCUUUCCUGGAGGAGAUCAAGAACUUCUUGGAGGAGAGCCGAACCUUCAUGGACACGAUCAAGGAAUUCCACGCCAAAAAGGCAGACUUCCAAGACAAGAUGAGGAGCUUGCAGGAGAAGAUUGAGGUCUUCCAGGAGGCCAUCAAAGGUACGGAAGGAGAGAUUGCCGCCUUAGAGGAAAGGAACGAAUCCUUCCGGGAGGCUGUCAAAUCUUUCCAGCUAAAGAACAAGGAGUUCCAAGAAGAGAACAAGACCAUGCGAGAGAAGCACAAGUCCCUUCAGGAGAAGACGGAAGAGGUGGAGCAGAAGAACAAGGCCUUCUGGAAGGAGUGCAAGGUCUUCUGGAAGAAAGAUAAGGCCUUUUGGGAGGAGGACAUGGCGCUUUCCAGAGACAAAAUGGCCCUUUGGGAAGAGUACAUUUCUUUACGAGACAACGAUCAAAACCUCCAGGAGGAGAAAGCAGGCAUGUGGGACAUGGUGGAAGCUCUUUGGGAUGCAAAGUAUGCCAUCUGGAAAGAGAUCAAUGGGUUUCCGGAAGACCUGCCACACGAAUACGACAUCGAGGUCCUAGAGAACGGAGCAGAUGGAGACCAUGAAGAACUGUUUGAUGAAAUGAGAGAGAUGUGAAUGACCACGUUGAUGCGACAUGAAAGCCCUCUGAGAGCUAACCCCAAGCACAUUACGCAGUGGCUCCUUUGACAUCAAGACCUUAAUAAAAUCUGGGUGGGACUUAC